AGAAGCCCACCUUCGGUAAAUACUUUGACUAACCCGAUCCGUUUCGAGGUUCCUGUGUCUCUUGCAUUUCGGAUGUGUUUGUUGUGCGAGAGAGAGAGAGAGAGAGAAAUGGUUACGGGAUCGUUGGUGGUUGAGAAAGUGGGUGGCAGGUCAACUGUAACAAAGUGCUUUUCUAAGUAUCCCCUCAAAUUCAUUGUACCCGGAAAGGUGGGUAGCUCUGAAAUUGAUGCAGUUUGGAUCUACACUCUCAGCUAUGGUGGUGGCAUUGUUUCUGGAGACUCAAUUUCGUGUGAAUUGACUGUUGCUGAUGGCUGCUCCACUGUCUUAACUACCCAAGCUUCCACAAAGGUGUACAAGUCUCUGAAUUCAAAGUACUCUGAGCAAGUUCUGGAGGCAAGAGUUGGAAGCAAUGCCCUUUUGGCUGUCAUUCCAGAUCCUGUGACCUGUUUUUCCACUGCAAGGUACACUCAGAAACAAGUAUUUAAAGUGCUGUAUGAUUCAAGUUUAGUCAUUGUUGAUUGGAUUACAAGUGGCCGUCAUGAAAGUGGAGAAAGAUGGGAUUUUGAUCUUUAUAAGAGCACCAAUCAUAUAAUCCUAGACAAUGAUGAGCCUUUGUUUCUUGACACGGUGCUUCUGGAGCGAGGCAUGUCUUCCAUUGCUGAGCGUAUGCAAGAUUACCAAGUCAUGGCAAUGGUUAUAUUCUGGGGGCCAAAAAUGAAACACAUUCAAGAUCAAGUUCAGAAAGAUGUGAAGAGGAUGAUGUCUGAGCGGUUACAAUUUCUUUCCCCUGCCUCAACUCGACAAAUAAAAACAACUUCCGAUCAUUGCUCCAACAGGCCUAACUUUCUUGCUUCUUCAAGUGUCUUUGGCCCUCAGGGAUUGGGCGUCGUCGUUCGAAUAGCUGCCAAAACAACUGAUUCAGUUUACACGUUCCUGCAACAUCAGUUGGCUAGCAUGGAACAGCUAAUUGGGGUACCACCAUAUCAUUGAAUCUUGGGCAUGCAGAAUUUUUGUCUUGUGAAGUUGAAAGAAGAAACAUGUGCCUUAAAUUUACUGCUCUAGGAUAAUGUUUCCUUUACUAUCUCCUUAAUUAUAAGCUUGAAUAGGAGCAGGAGUUUUGGUCGGAGUGAAUGUGCUACGCCAACCAAGUUUAAGUAGCAUCAUGUUAUAAAUUAUUUUACUAUUUUUCUACAAAACAUGUCUGGUUUUGCCUAUAUGUUUCAAAUAUAAAAACCCCAUUAAAAUAUAAAGUGUUG